AUGAGAAGAAAAACAAAAACCUUACUAAGUAUUUUCCUGUUUUUUCUUUGUCAAAUAAUUCUAAGUGUCAAUGGAGAAUACUUAAUAGGAUUAGGAAGUUAUGACAUGACAGGACCAGCUUCACAAGUGAACAUGAUGGGGUAUGGUAAUUUUGAUCAAAUUACUGGUGGUAUACAUUUUCGAUUACGAGCUAGGACGUUCAUCGUUGCUGAAAGUUUCAAUGGUCUGAGGCUUGUGUUUGUUAAUCUUGAUGCUGGUAUGGCUUCACAACUUGUCACAAUCAAAGUACUCGAGCGACUAAAGUCAAGGUAUGGAAAUAUAUAUAGCGAAGAAAAUGUUGCAAUAAGUGGGACACAUACUCAUGCUGGUCCAGGAGGUUAUUUGCAAUAUGUGACAUAUAGUGUAACUUCAUUGGGCUUUGUGCCACAAUCAUUUGAGGCAAUUGCUACUGCCAUUGAGCUCAGUAUUGUCCAGGCCCAUGACAAUCUAAAGCCUGGUUCUAUCUUUAUCAACAAAGGAGAUCUAGAAAAUGCAGGCAUAAACAGGAGUCCAAGUGCAUAUUUAUUCAAUCCUCAAGAAGAGAGAUCUAAAUAUAAUACAAAUAUUGAUACCCUAAUGACCCUUUUGAAGUUUGUGGAUGGAGAUACUGGAAAAAAUGUAGGUGCAUUUAGUUGGUUUGCAACACAUGGCACUUCAAUGAGCAGAAAUAAUAAGCUAAUUAGUGGAGAUAAUAAGGGUGCAGCUGCUAGAUUCUUUGAGGAUUGGUUCACCAAAAAUUCCUCUACAAAGUCUACUAAGAAUUUUUUACACAUCAAAUUAUAUUUAUCUGUUAUAGCAGGUAACUUAUCAGGUAGCAACCAAGAUUUAUUGAAUAAAACAUCUAAAAUCAAGCCUACAGGAGGACAACCUUGUACAAAUACAACAAGUCAAGGCUUUAAGGUGAGAAAAGACAAAGAAAUGAAAUUUGUUGGAGCAUUUUGUCAAUCAAAUGUUGGAGAUGUGAGUCCAAAUGUGGUUGGAGCAUUUUGUAUUGACAGUGGAUUACCUUGUGAUUUUAAUCACUCUUCUUGUCAUGGCAAUGACCAACUCUGUGUGGGCCGCGGGCCUGGAUAUCCAGAUGAAAUAUUGAGUACAAAGAUUAUUGGAGAAAGACAAUUUCAAAAGGCUGUUGAUCUUUUCACAUCUGCUAAACAAGAAUUAACAGGGAAAAUUGAUUAUCGACAUGUUUAUAUUAAUUUUACAAAUAUUAAGGUUCAAUUAGAAGAUAAUAAGGUUGUCCAAACAUGCCCUGCAGCAUUGGGCCCAGGAUUUGCUGCUGGAACUACUGAUGGGCCUGGUGUUUUUGGUUUUCAACAGGGUGAUACUGAGAUAAAUCCAUUUUGGAAGAAAUUAAGAGAUGUGUUAAGAGAACCAAGCCCAUAUCAAGUGGGCUGUCAAAAGCCCAAGACUGUUUUGUUGGACUCUGGAGAGAUGUUUUGGCCAUAUCCUUGGGCGCCAGCAAUACUUCCAAUUCAAAUUUUCAGGUUAGGAAGACUCAUCAUUCUCUCUGUGCCAGGAGAAUUUACAACAAUGGCUGGACGUAGGUUAAGAGAGGCAGUGAAAGAGACACUAGUUCGCAGCGGAAAUGGCGAAUUUGAUGACCAAACUCAUGUUGUCAUAGCUGGCCUAACCAACGCUUACUCACAAUACAUAACCACUUUUGAAGAGUACGAGCAACAACGAUAUGAGGCUGCGUCUACUCUAUACGGUCCACACACAUUAUCAGCAUAUAUUCAAGAAUUCAAGAAGCUAGCUGAAUCUAUGGCAAAAGGAGAAAACAUUACUACGAAAGGACCUUCACCACCAGACCUUUUGUCAAUUCAACUCAGUCUCUUACCAGAUCCUACUGGUGAUUCACCUCCACCGGGCAUAAAUUUUGGCGAUAUUAAACAAGACAUAAUGGUACCAAAAUCCGGAACAUUUACAAAGGGAGACAGAGCAAUUGCAACAUUCUGGAGUGCAAAUCCAAGAUAUGACUUACUUACUGAAGGCACAUUUGCUGUUGUGGAAAUGCUUCAACACCAAAGUUGGCAACCUGAAUAUGAUGACGAUGAUUUUUGCUUGUUCUUUAAAUGGCAAGCAGAAAAUAUCACUAGUAUUGCUCGUGAUGAUGUGAAUAGUUAUGGUUAUGCUACACUUGAAUGGGAAGUACCAGAGGAAGCUAGUCCUGGCGUUUAUCGCUUAAGGCAUUUUGGAUCAACGAAGAAAACGAAAGAAUCAUCAAACUUGUAUUAUACUGGUGCGUCUAGUGCUUUUACAGUGUCAUAG